AUAAAAGGUACAAUCACAGCAAACGUAAAGUACAACUGAGAUAGUGAAGGAGAAGCCGGCAUUAAAACUUAAAAAAGGAACUCCGUAUUUAGGACACCACCCCGGCGGCGAAUUGGAAGAGAAAUCGCAUAAUCUGAUCAGCAAAGUAGAUUUCACCGGCGCUGUUGUUCAACUCAGAGCAUUGUUCAUAAUGGAGCAAGAUAGGUUAAAUUCUCCACACACUUCAGCCAUUUGCCUUGAAGUUCUAGGCCAUCAACUUCAGUUUUGCCAGGAUCCCAAUUCGAAGCAUUUAGGCACAACUGUUUGGGAUGCAUCAAUGGUUUUAGUAAAAUUUCUGGAAAAAAACUGUCGAAAGGGGAGGUUUUCUCCAUCUAAAUUGAGAGGAAAGCGUGUGAUUGAACUUGGAGCAGGUUGCGGUGUUGCAGGAUUUGGCAUGGCAUUGCUUGGAUGUGAUGUUGUUUCAACUGACCAAACCGAGGUUUUGCCAUUGCUGAUGAGAAACGUGGAGCGUAAUACUUCCAGGAUAAUGCAGACAGGCUCAGGUUCAGACUCAUUUGGUUCCAUCGAGGCUGCAGAGUUGGACUGGGGUAAUGAGAAUCAUAUAAAGGCUGUUGAACCUCCAUUCGAUUAUAUCAUUGGGACUGAUGUUGUUUAUGCAGAGCAUCUGUUGGAACCACUUUUGCAGACAAUAAUUGCACUGUCUGGACCGAAGACGACAAUUUUGUUGGGUCAUGAAAUCCGAUCGACAAUUGUCCAUGAAAAGAUGCUUGAGAUGUGGAAGAGUAAUUUUGAAGUCAAAACUGUUCCAAAAGCAAAGAUGCAUAGUACCUAUCAACACCCAAGCAUCCAGUUAUACAUAAUGGGCUUUAAGCCACAAGGAAAUACCUCGGGAAUUGUUACAGAGAUGGCUCAGCAGCAGACCGAGGAGGUUGGGGAAAGAGAAACUAUGCAUGGACCAGAGGAAGAUGAUAGUAAUUAUGGGUUUAAUAAAGAUGAUGCGACUGACAAUGAGGGCAAGGUAGACAAAAACUUGGUUUUGGAUGUAGAGAGCAGAAAGCUUAGUGAUUGGGAAGCUAGAAGAUGUGGUGCAAUGGCUGCUAGGCUUCUUAGUGAUGUCAAGAUAACAUAAAUUAUAGAGCUCCUAAAAUGGCAUUGCAAUUGCCAACACUGUUGCAUGAUGCGCUACGAGUCAAGGACACUGAGGCAAGAUUGUCUUUUCGCCAGAAGUUCUAGUCUUUGAAGUGCCCUCUUAUGGUCCAAGUUCAAGUUCAAAAUGCAUCAAAAGAAGCAAGUCUAUGCUUCCACAAAGUUGGACAUCUAAGCUUUUUGGCAGCUUACUUGUUGCAGCAAGGUGUAAGUGCACUAGAUGUAAUUUACGAGUAGCAUGUUAGACUCAGUUUUCGAACUUGUUUGGGUUUUUGAAGAUGUGUCAAGAAAGAUGAUUUCUCAGCUGAUGUCAGUUUAGAUUGAUUUUUUACUAAUUUAACAAGUCCGAUGACUACCUACU